CUACCCCCACCGUACAUCCAUUCACAAUGGACACGCUCCGCGAAGCACCCUUCGGCCAGCUCGUGCGCUUCCUCUCGCGCAACCGGCUGUUCCAGUACCCCGAGGAAAAGCCCGGCUUCGUCCUCCCCGACGAGUACAAGAAUGCCCCCCACUCCAAGGACGGCGAAAAGAAGGUCACCAUCGUAACGUGGUAUGGGCCCAAGGACCGCGACAACCCGCGCCAGUGGCGCCUGCACAAGAAGAUCUGGGUCGUCUUCGCCGUCAUGUUCUACACCGUCGCAGUGUACAUUGGCUCAGCCAUCUUCGCGUACGCCGUGCACGACGCCGCCAAGUACUUCAAGGUCUCGGACAUUGUCGCCACCCUCACACUCACCAUGUUCGUGCUCGGCUACGCCGUCGGCCCGCUAUUCCUCGCGCCGCUCAGCGAGCUGGCGUUCAUCGGCCGUAACCCGCCUUACAUCUUCUCGCUCGGCAUCUUCUGCGUCCUCCAGAUCCCCAGCGCGCUCUCUACCAACCUCCCCGGCCUGCUGGUGCUCCGCUUCAUCGCUGGAUUUGUCGGCUCGCCGCCCCUCGCCACCGGUGGCGCCUCGGUCGCUGACGUCUUCAACGAGCAGAAGGCGUCGUAUGCCGUUGGAGCGUACGGCCUCGCGGGUGGUAUCGCGCCGGCGAUCGCACCCUUCAUCUCCGGCUACGCCGUCAUGAACCUCGGCUGGCGCUGGGCGUUCUGGGAGCUGCUCAUUCUGUCGUCGGCCGGCUUCGUCGUCGUCAUGUUUGGCCUGCCCGAGACCUCGGCCGACAACGUGCUCUACCGCCGUGCCGUCCGCCUCCGCAAGCUCACGGGCAACGACAACCUCCGCUCUGCUGCCGAGCUCGCCGAUGCUGAGAAGACGUUCAAGGAGAUCAUGUGGGAGGCGCUGGUCCGCCCCAUGUGGAUGACCAUCUCGGAGCCGAUCGUGCUCGCCAUCGACCUCUACAUCGGUCUCACCUACGCCAUUCUCUACUCCUUCUUCGAGUCCUUCCCCUGGGUUUUCUACGAGAAGGGCUACAACUUCAACCUCGGCGCCUCCGGCCUCCCCUUCCUCGCCGUCGCUGUCGGAGGGUGCAUUGCCUACGCCGUCUUCUGCAUCUGGCUCAGGUGGUGGUGGGAGCCGGCGUAUGUCAAGGCCGAGGGCAAGCUCGAGCCAGAGGCCUACCUCCCUCUGUCGAUCGUCGGCGCCAUUUGCUUCCCGAUCUGCCUGUUCUGGUUCGCGUGGUCGGCGAACCGCACGCACUGGAUCGUGCCGACCAUCGCGGCGGCCUUCUUCGGCCUCGGCGACUGCUUCUCCUUCAUGCCCUACAUCAACUACCUCACGUACGCGUACCCCGCGCACACGGCGUCGGCGCUCGCGUCCAACGACUUUGUGCGCUCUAUCAUGGGUGCGGCCAUGCCCAUCGUCGCGUACCCCCUCUUCAACAACCUCGGCAUCGACUGGGGCAACAGCCUCAUCGGGUUCUUGACGGUCGCGUGCUUGCCCCUGCCGUUCGUGCUCAUCAAGUUUGGCCCCUGGCUGCGCGCCCGCAGCCCGAUGGCCAGCGAGGGCCGCAAGGACAUUGAAGGCGACGAGGCGAGCAGCGACGAACGCACCGUCAACGGCGAGGCCAAGGUGUGAGCGUGGGGAGUCUUGUCUCUCUCAGGGCAGCAUAGAGUAGAAGCAAAUCAAGCAUAGCAUCC